AUGGAGUGGAGCGCGUCGAACUUGUUGAAGAGAACCUUCGGCCUCGUCUCGGCAUCCAGCGCGUCGAACUGCUCCUUGAAGGUCGGGAGCACUAAAUUGUCUAGCCUAACGAACGCUAAAACAGAAUGCGACGGGGAUAUGUUCAAGCCACCUGCCGACGGACAGUGGUGGGACAUGAAGAUGGUGCACCCCUCGUUUUACAUACAUAUCCGAGGUGGAAAGAGAAACAAAGCAAGGAUGGUCCUUCUUGGAGAAGGUAAUUUGCGGAAGCGCCGACAGCCUGACACUGCUAAUAUCGCCAAACGCGCCAUCGAGGUAGUAAUAGUACAAGUCGAGAACAGUGGCAGGCUGGAUCCAGAGGAGGGCGCUGGGCGCAGGGGAUUUGGGACUCUCGGGCCACUGUAG